ACAAUUGAAAAUUCGUAUGUCAUCCUUGUGUCAUAAUCCGGCGAAGCGAAGCUGUUUUUGAAUAAGUUUUAUAAGAAAAUACAUAUUUUAAGUACAAUUGGUGAUUUAAAGAUCUUCCUUUUUUAAAAAAUGGCUCGGCGUUAUGAUACCAGGACAACGAUCUUUUCGCCGGAAGGCAGACUGUAUCAAGUUGAAUAUGCCAUGGAAGCCAUCAGCCAUGCUGGCACAUCCCUUGGAAUUCUAGCCACAGAUGGAAUCUUGCUAGCUGCUGAACGAAGGAAUACCAACAAACUUCUUGACGAAGUGUUCUUUUCAGAGAAAAUUUAUAAGUUAAAUGAUGAUAUGGUUUGCUCUGUGGCUGGUAUUACAUCCGAUGCAAAUGUAUUAACUAACGAGCUUAGAAUGAUAGCACAGAGAUAUCUACUGCAGUACGGAGAAUCUAUUCCAUGUGAACAGUUAGUGUCUUGGCUUUGUGAUGUUAAACAGGCUUACACUCAGUAUGGAGGCAAGAGACCGUUUGGUGUAUCAAUUUUGUACAUGGGCUGGGAUAAACACUAUGGUUACCAGCUUUACCAGUCGGACCCCAGCGGUAACUAUGGAGGUUGGAAGGCAACAUGCAUCGGAAACAAUAGUGCUGCCGCUGUGUCAAGUCUUAAGCAAGAAUAUAAGGAAAAUGAAACAACUUUAGCCGAAGCACAGGCACUGGCUGUCAAAGUUCUCAGCAAAACUUUGGAUAUGACUAAACUCACUCCAGAAAAAGUGGAAAUGGCAACACUUACACGCAAGGACAAUAAGACUAUUAUCAGAAUAUUAACAAGCACCGAGGUUGAAAAAUUAAUUUCUGACUUUGAAAAGAGUGAAGCCGAAGCCGAGGCUGCCAAAAAGCAGCCACCAAAAUCGUAAAAAUACAUAAAGGUUUAAAGGUUCUUUAAUUUGCACAUUAAAUAUUUUACAAAAUU